AUGACGACCACGGCGGAGGAAAUCAGCGGGCUGCUGAACGAAAACGAGGAGGCGCUGAUCGGGGAGCUGCAAGGGAAGUAUGACUUCAUAAAUUUCAACGAAAUGAAAAAUUACAAAGAGAAGAAGUUCCACCACGAGUUGACACUAGAAGUACAAAAAUUUAUUAACAAUAAGAACGUCCAAGUGAAGGACAAGUUUAGACUCUUCUACACAUAUCUGUCUCCCCUGAUGAGCAAACUGAAGAAGACGAUAUAUGCGGAGUUGCUUUACAUCGUGACGGCCAAGUUUGAUGCCAACUGGACCAUUUCCUAUUUGAAAGAAUCCGAAAAACACCUAGAAAAUGAUAAGGACGCAAUCAUCAUAUAUAGAUGUAUCCUCAUAUUGAAGUAUAUCGAGUUAGGAGAUUUUAAAAGCUGCGAAAAUGAAAUCGAGAGUACGAAGAAUCUCCUCCAAGGGGUCAUCGGAUUGAAUGUCGUCGCACAUAAGUUUUACAACUUUGCCAUUAUGAAUUAUUAUAAAGUGUUAAGUAAGUCGGAUUUGUUCGUUAAGUAUGCCCUGCUGUACUUAGCGUAUACUCCCCUAAAUGAUUUGGACGAGGCGGAGAAAAUCGAUAUAGGUACCCAUAUCUGCAUGCAUUCAAUAAUAAGUGAAGAUGUGUACAAUAUAGGAGAGAUUAUCCAGCUGCCACUCAUCAAUGUAUGCUUAAAAAAUAACGAACAGACAAACUGGCUGUAUCAGCUAAUCUAUAUUUACAAUGAAGGAAACAUAGAAGCUUUCAACCAAGUGGUACAGACGUACGAGGCGAAUAUUAAGAAUUCGCUUCUCAAAGAUUAUGAGAGGAAUAUGCUUAAGAAGAUUACCCUGCUAGCCCUCAUGGAUCUAGCUUUUAAAAAAAAAAAAGAAAGAUCUGACAUUUCGUUUGAAGAAAUUGCAGAGCACUGCAAAGUGGAUAUUGACGAAGUGGAGAAAAUGCUCAUCACGGCUAAGAGUAAAAAUAUUAUUACUUGCCAAAUUGACGAAAUUGACAAGUCGGUGAAGAUUACGUGGGUGAAGCCACGAGUGCUCAACGAUGAGAAGAUCUUCUUCAUGAAGGAGAGCAUAGACAAGUGGAUUACGCAUUCGAAGAAUCUGCUCACCUAUAUGGAGGACAUCUCUGUCGAGGUGCUGAUAUCGUAG